GUAAAUGUGACAGUUUUGCUUAAAUAGGUAAAGUAUGGAGCUAUUUGUGCAUUUCUAGUGGUGGGGGAAAUAUCCUUUUGAUAGGUAGGCUGCAACGGACUAUAUAUAACAUAUAGUACAUGUAUAUAUAUAUUUUAAGAUGAUGUUGUUUGGGGGUAGAGGGGUGGGCAAAAACAGAAAUGGAAGUAACACAUUUUUUGUAUCUGCUACAAGCACCACAAAUAAGAUUAAGUGGAUGUUUAGUGAAUGGGUGCUCUGUGCACAGGUGCAAAAAUGUUGCUGCUGUUUGUUUUGGCUAGUGCAGUGUGUACUGGACUGGGUGUCUGACUUGAACCUAGGAAACCCGGGUUCAAAUCUCCACUCAGUCCCAAAAUCUACUGGGUGACCUUGUGCUUGUCAAAGUCUCACAGUGCAUCCUACCUUGCAGGGUUGUGGUUAGGACAAAAUGAGUUAAGAGGUGACCAUGAGCACUACAUUGAAUACUAGUCUUGGGGAGCAGAGAAUGUUAUUAGGGGAGCGAGGAUUUUGUUAUAUACCAAAUACUUAGAGAUAAGGAAAUUAACGAGUCUCCUCAUUAAUUGGCUGUAUUGAUUUCUGCAGCUUGUUCUGGGGCAGAGGAGUGAAUGAAUAAGGCUUCGUGAAACAACUGAGGCUUUAAAAAUAAUUCAAGGGAAACCCUCGACUUGCACUCUGAAAUCUCACUGAUUCCUGCAGCAACCAGUUCUUUGACUGGAGCUCUUCAAAAUCUGCAGCAUCGCCAACAAAUUCAGUUGUGCCACUUGUGAGGAGUCGGGCAAUGUGGCUAGACAUGGAGAUGUGAGAUGUGUCUCCCCUCUCAAGGUGUGAUUAGUUGCCAGGAUAGAUGCAGAUUCCUCCCAGCACCCCGCAGUGUCACAGUCAUGGAGAUGCAAUUGCCCACAUCUUGAAUAAAAGUGUUACCAAGAUCGACCUAGCUACACACUGAGAAGUUGGCUACAAAUACUUUAUUUUUUUUAACUUGAGUGGCUUGCUAUAGUAACAUUCAAGUAUCCUUGUGUUUGUAGCUGUUGUACUUCCAAGCCUUAUAGAAACUGUUUCCUUCACCAUAUGCGAAACCACUUCCUACCAAGUCUAGGCAGACAAAAUGGCUGCUGAAUUGAUCAAAGGAUUUGUGAGUGUUCCGUUCCAGAAUGUUCUAGAAGAGGGCGUGGCCCCCAUCAUGAAACCAGAGGAGCAUGCCCAGGCACGGCUUCUAGAACCGGAAGGGGAAAGUACGGCCCCUCGUGUCAUCCAGGUUGGGACCAUUGGGGAAUUUCUAGGUUGGGUGGCCCCCCAAGAGUUGACUCCGGGACCAGAGGAGGGAUUGGCCCAGCGCUGGGAAACCCAGUGGCAGGAAGUCUUGAGGGCGGUGCAACCCCUUCACUCUGAAUGGGGAAGUUCACAGCAGUCAAAACUUUUGACAGGGGGCAAUAUUAAGAUCUCUUCUGGGACAAUUAUUGAUACCAGCCAGUGGUCCAGAGGAGAGGAGGUUACCCACAUCCUGGUGGACAACAACAGAGACAUUCUACAGGCCUUUAACUAUCCAGGUGUUCGAGAAAAUGGAACAGAGAAGGAAGAGAUCAUGAGAGCAGAGAAUGCCAUCACGACAGAGAUGCAGCGUCAGCAUUUCAGGCAGUUCUGUUAUCAGGAGGCCAAAGGACCCCGAGAGGCUUGCGACAACCUUCGGGAACUUUGUCAACAGUGGCUGAAGCCAGAGAGAUGCACAAAAGAGCAGAUCCUGGAAAUGUUAAUACUGGAGCAGUUCCUGGCAGUCCUGCCUCAGGAAAUGCAGAGUUGGGUCAGACAACGUUAUCCUCAGGCCUGCUGCCAGGCAGUGGUUCUGGCAGAAGAUUUUGUCAGGGGGCAGCAACAAGGAGCCAAGGUGUUGAGGCCAUGCGAGGAUUUAGUGGUGGUAGUCUCCCCCGAGGCAGAAUGGUCUCCACUGGGCUCCCAACCAAAAGAGACCCGGUUGGAGGAUGAUCCGGCUUCCAGCUCAUCAGGGAAAGAUAGAUGUCUGACUGUUUACCCAGUUUCACCCAGCAAGGAGACUGUGAGUGGGAGUAAGUCUCGAAAUUCUCAGCAAGGAGGCUCUGAGUCUCCAGUACAUCUGGGGAUGCCAUUGGGACAGCCUGAAAGCAGUUACAGGCUGGAGCAAGAGCAUGAAAUGGAGCUGACCAGGUGCUGGGACGAAGACACUCGCUGCAGCGAUGGUGUCUACGAAACUGUUGUUCGCCUUGAAGAACAUGGGCAUUGGUGCCUCCGAUGUGGCGAAAGCUUCCAGGAUGCAUUGGAGCUGAUUAGACACGGGAGGAUCCAUACGGAUGACAAGUGUCCCGAGUGCCCAGAAUGUGGGAAGAGUUUCAGGGAUGUUUCCCACGUCCUUCGGCACCAGACGGUCCACACGGGGGAGAGACCUUACACGUGCUCAGAAUGUGGGCAGGGCUUCACUCAAAAACCCGCCCUCAAGCGACAUCUGAGAAAACAUCUGGAAGGCAAAGGCUUCACAGAUUUUGUGAACUUUGAGCACCAGAAGAUUCCUACGAGUACCCGGAAGAUUCACGCCAGUGCUCGCAAGCGUCCCGAGUGCCUGGAAUGUGGGAAGAGUUUCCGGGACGUUUCCCAAGUUCAGCGGCACCAGACAGUCCACACGGGAGAGAAACCUUUCAGCUGCCUUGAGUGUGGGCAGGGCUUCACUCAGAAGCCGGCCCUCAACAGACACCUGAGAAAACAUCUGGAAGGCAAGCAUUACACAGUAAUCAACGGGGAAGUUCAAGAGGAUGAAACAAAUGUGUCCUUUGCACCUGCAGCAUUGCAGCACAGAUUGUCAGAGACGUCCAACAUAGAUGUCUCUGAAACCUUUCUGACUGGGUACAUUGCAGAGGAUUGGUCAGUGAGGGCUCAUCACGUCAAACAUACGCCAAGGGUGGAUGGAGGCCCCCAAUCCGUGAAAAGAAACCUGAGUCGCAGGGGGCAAAAGAACUACUGGUGUUUUCUCUGCUAUAAAGGCUUCCGGGACAAAGCAGACCUGGUUAGACAUGAGAGAAUCCACACAGGAGAGAGACCAUAUGCAUGUGCGGACUGUGGAAGACUAUUCAGUUACACAUCCAGUUUGUACAAGCACCAGUUAAUCCACAAGCGGAACAAUCCACAGGAGACCAGUUGAUCCACAGGCAAAAUGCUUUUCGAACUCUGCAACGAGCUGGGAAGAUGUGGGGCUUCAGAGAAAGAGUGGGCAAGGGCCAAGGAGAUGGGGAGGAAGAUGUGGAGAAACUCUCUCUAAUAUUAUAGGGAGGUGAGGAAAUUGACCCUCUUUAAAUAUAGGCCAGGCAGUAUUGAUAGCACUGGACCGCCAGGCUACGUGCCCGGAAUAAUUUCUUCAGUACCCCGAAUGUACUCUGUGCUGCCUGACAAGCCUGUCGUACUUACAUUAAGAGACUGGGUGUCUCACUGUUAACACUCCCCUCUUAACACUGCCCAAUCUCUGCAUUCUCUGCAGGCCUCCCCCCGCCCCACAGUGUGAUGGCAGCCGGCAGCACCCUCUGUACUGUCCAGACUUGUGCUGCUAGCUGAAGCAAGAAGUCCUUGUCGUGGCCGCGUGUGAAGCUGAGCGGCAGGCUGUGGUCCUCUCCUCUUCUGUCCUCUCCCACCACCGAAGAGCAAGCGUUAGCUUAAGGGAAGCAUGCUGAGCUUGCCGCUGCUUACAGGCAGAGGAGCAAAGAUGAGGGAGAGCAAAGGCCACCUUUGCGGGGAAGACUAUGGAGCGAGGCCCUGUGGCUGCUUUGAAAGACCAGUGGGCAGCAAGCAGACUAGUCAGUCAUGGCCAAGCUCCAUUUGCAUUAAUGAGACAAGUUAGUAGGGAUGUGCGAACCAGUUUGAAUUCGAACCGGUUUGAAUUCGAACCAGGGUGGUUUGAAGGUUUGUAUUUGAACUGAACCAGCCAUCAGGUUCGAGCUGCAGGAUCGAAUUUGAACAGAACCAGGGGGUGGUUCGAUUUGAACCUGUUCAGACAUCCAAAAAUUGGUAG